GCCGCCGGCACGAGUCUGGUGGCUCUGUUGGCCGCUGUAGUGCCCCUCAGCAAUCCCGCACACAGAGCCCAACGAGCUGUCGGGAUUUACCCGCCGCCAGAGGCCGUGAACAAGCAGGAGGAGAUUCUGGAUAACUGGCUCAACAAGAAAGUAGAACCCACGAAGAAAACCAUUGAUGACAUUAUGGGCAAGAAUGGUAAGCCUCAUGGGUGA